AUGCAGUUAUCCUCGAGUUCAGUACUACUUGACGCCAGGGAUGCAUCGAUUGACCGCAGUGUGCAGACUUGGAACUAUGCGUGCCAGUCAUUAUGCAUCAUCGGCAUGACCCUUUUCUUUGGCCUUCGAGUCUAUACGCGUUGUUUUAUUCUCAGUGGGUUUGGAAAGGAGGACUGGCUAUGUUCCGCAGCAUGGUUCCUUGGAGUCUGCUAUUCUAUUAUUGCCCUCAUCAUGGGACAUUACGGAGGCGGCUUACAUUAUUCUGAUGUCGCUCCCAAAGAUAGAAUCUCAUUCAAUAAGCCCCUUCCGCAAAGCCGUCCUCGUCACUACGGCUUCAUGGCCCUCAUGCUAGCCUACUACAUCCCGGCCGUCAUCGUGAAAGUCCGAAUCUGCAAUCCCAUUUCCCUAUUUUGGGAUGUCAAUGUUGAGGGAACAUGCCUGGACGAGACGUCCAUCAUCCUUGCCGACGCAGUCGUCAGUUGUGUUAGCGACCUCAUCAUUCUUCUUCUUCCUCUGCCGUUGACUAUGACUCUGCAGAUAUCAAAGAAGAAGAAGAUGAGAGUUAUAGCAAUUCUGGGUGCAGGCGGAUUGGCCGUCGCAGCCAGUAUCAUCCGAUUGGUACUUAUUGUAUUGACGGGCCAAUCCAAGGAUGCAACCCUGGCUUUCAUGAGAAUCAAUAUGCUUGGAAACGCCGAGAUCGCGAUAGGAGUGAUUUGCACCUGUCUACCGGCCCUUUCCGCCCUCCUCAAGCGAGUCUUCCACGAAUACUCCAGCAACAAGCAUACCCGCGAAUCCGAAUACAAGCUUAGUUCGAUGAGAAAUCAGACUAAGACAGAACGGAGCAAAAACCAGAUGACCGUACAAGAAGCUGAGUCUGACGAGGAUAUGCUAGUGUCCAAUGCACAAAGCAACCCGACGGAAACGACAAUAUACGGCGAUGCCGAGGAACGUGGGUUCGCACAUACUUCUACCGCUGGGGGCCUUGGAAUUACCAGAACGGUCAAUGUCUCCACAUCUGUUGAGCAGCGACUUCAAUAA